AUGUCUGCGGUGCGGCAUGGCCACAGUCCGGCGCGGGAGCCCGUGGUCCUGCCGCCGCGGACCAGCCAGACCGUCCCAGCGACGGCGGAAGAGGCAGAAGAAGAAGAAGAAGAAGACACAGAAGAGCAAAUCCUGGCGGCGAGCCAGGCCGACGACGACAGCAAGAGGCGGAAUCUGGAGCCAGCGGAGCUGGGCCGCGGGGGCGACCUGGCGACGACGGCGGCCCGACCGAAGGUGGGGACGGAGGAGGACGAGUGGUUGCCGCCUCUGGCGCGCGGCGACGACGACGAGGAUAUGGAACUGAGUGGCAAGGAGCUCGGCCUGCGCUUCGAGGGGCCCGUCGAGCAGAUGGUGCAGGACCUGGUGAAGGCCCAGGGCUCUGGUGAAGAAGCCGGCGCGGCAUAUGUUCGCAUCCCUGCCGCAGUUGAUGUUCACCGGCGCAGGGCAGCUCAUGGCUGCUGUGCCCAAGCGGAAUCAUUUGGAGGUGUGUGGGCUGUUCAACUCAGCUUCCGUUUGCUGAAAAAAGAGCAUCGAGCUGCAUACGUGCAGACCGGCAAGUAG